AUGCAUACGGCCUACCUGAAACUCCUCCAUAGUCUUUCUGCCGCUGCCUCCCCCACGCUCGCUCUCACCGCUAACACUUCGCCGCUGCUCUACUCCUACUCGGCGCGGCGGCUCCGGAGGGGAAUUCCGUCGAGCAGGAUGAACGCAUUGGCGGCCACCAGCCGGAACUUCAAGCAGGCGGCCAAGCUGCUGGGCCUCGACUCCAAGCUCGAGAAGAGCUUGCUCAUCCCCUUCAGGGAGAUCAAGGUUGAGUGCACAAUUCCUAAAGAUGAUGGGACAUUAGCAUCCUAUGUUGGGUUUAGGGUGCAGCAUGACAAUGCCAGGGGCCCUAUGAAGGGUGGAAUCAGAUACCACCAUGAGGUUGAUCCUGACGAGGUCAAUGCCUUGGCGCAACUGAUGACAUGGAAAACAGCCGUGGCCAAUAUUCCAUAUGGAGGCGCUAAAGGUGGCAUAGGAUGCAGUCCUGGAGACCUGAGCAUAUCAGAGCUCGAGCGGCUUACCCGAGUUUUCACCCAGAAAAUUCAUGACUUAAUUGGCAUUCACACCGAUGUUCCGGCUCCUGACAUGGGCACCAACGCACAGACAAUGGCAUGGAUUCUGGAUGAGUACUCAAAGUUCCAUGGUUACUCACCUGCUGUGGUGACAGGAAAGCCUGUGGACCUUGGAGGAUCACUGGGAAGAGAUGCAGCUACUGGAAGGGGAGUUCUGUUUGCCACUGAAGCCCUACUUGCAGAGCAUGGCAAAGGCAUUGCAGGCCAGCGUUUUGUGAUCCAGGGAUUUGGUAAUGUUGGCUCCUGGGCUGCUCAACUGAUCACUGAAGCUGGUGGCAAGGUGAUCGCCAUCAGCGAUGUCACAGGGGCUGUCAAGAACUCUAAUGGCAUUGACAUAGCCAAGCUGAUGAAGCACUCGGCGGAGAACCGUGGGAUCAAGGGCUUCGACGGAGGAGACGCCGUCGACCCGACCUCGCUGCUCACCGAAGAGUGCGACGUCCUUAUCCCAGCUGCGCUGGGAGGAGUCAUAAACAAGGACAAUGCGGAUGGCAUCAAAGCAAAGUACAUCAUCGAGGCCGCGAACCACCCGACAGACCCCGAGGCCGACGAGAUUCUGGCGAAGAAGGGGGUGCUGAUCCUGCCGGACAUCCUGGCCAACUCGGGCGGCGUGACGGUGAGCUACUUCGAGUGGGUGCAGAACAUCCAGGGGUUCAUGUGGGACGAGGAGAAGGUGAACCGGGAGCUCAAGACGUACAUGACCCGCGCCUUCCGGGACACCAAGGAGAUGUGCCGCUCCCACCACUGCGACCUCCGCAUGGGCGCCUUCACCCUCGGCGUCAACCGCGUCGCCCGCGCCACCGUCCUCCGCGGCUGGGAGGCCUGA